GCCGGGCCGGCGCGACCCGCCCCGCGCCACCCCCGCCGCUGCCGCCCCCGCAGCCGCCAUGGGCAGGGAGCGGCCCGGCCGUGGCGCGCGGAGCCAAGGGGGAUCGCCAGCCGCCGACGCCGCGGGGACCGACGACAUGGGGCCGAAGAGGGGCGCGGGGGCCCCCAAGGAGAGCGGGGAGGAGGCCCGGAAGUGCUGUGGCUGCCGGUUCCCGCUGCUGCUCGCGCUGCUGCAGCUGGCGCUGGGCAUCGCCGUGACCGUGGUGGGCUUCCUCAUGGCCGGCAUCAGCUCCUCCCUGCUAGUCAGAGACACUCCAUUUUGGGCUGGGAUCAUUGUCUGCUUAGUGGCCUAUCUCGGUUUGUUUAUGCUUUGUGUCUCCUAUCAAGUUGAUGAACGGACAUGUAUCCAGUUUGCCAUGAAACUCUUGUACUUUGUGCUGAGUGCCCUUGGCCUGACAGUCUGUGUGCUGGCCGUGGCGUUCGCCGCUCACCACUAUGCCCAGCUCGCACAGUUUACCUGCAGAACCGCGUUCGACUCCUGCCAGUGCAAACUGCCCUCCUCCGAGCCCCUCAGCAGGACCUUUGUGUACCAGGAUGUGACCGACUGUUCCAGCAUCACUGGCACUUUCAAACUGUUCCUGCUCAUCCAGAUGAUUCUGAACUUGGUCUGUGGCUUGGUGUGCUUGUUGGCCUGCUUUGUGAUGUGGAAACACAGGUACCAGGUCUUUUAUGUGGGUGUCAGGAUGUGCUCCGGGACACCUUCCGAAGGUCAGCAGCAAAAGGUCUAACAUGCUUGCUCAAAGGUGGAAGAGAAAACAGCAGCCUGACUGAGAGGUUUUUUUUUUAAAAGAAGAGAAAGAGAAGGAAGAAAAACUUUUGACAAUCAUCAGUAUUCACCAUUCUAAAGGAAUAUUUUUCUAUUUUUCAGGAAAUAAAAGAGCAUUUUUUCAAGUUUCCAUAGUAUUUUUUUAAAUAAAUUUUUAAGAUCUAAAUUGACUUUGAGAUGUUAAAAAAAAAAAACCCCACAGAACACAGAGAGAAAGGUAUAGAUCUACCUUUAGAGUCUGGAGUCUAUUCUUAAUACUCUUGUAUCUAUUACUUAUAUAAUCUUCUUUCCUGUUAGUCCAGCUUGAUUAGGACAGUUUCAGGCCCACUUGCUAAAUUUUCUAGAAUCUUCCUCCAGCCCCUCACUCUUCCUGCCAUGAUUGUCACUACACUUCAGAGGAAGGCAGGAGGCAGGACCUAGGGGAGAACUGAACAGCCAGGGUGACUCUCUGUUCUAUUUUCCUUGGUAGAGAUGUCUCCAAGGCAUAAAAACAGCCUAAAAGAGCAGAGUAGAAAAGGAAGAGACUUUGUAAAAAGGCUAAGUAAUUACAAACACCUGGGCUGGGGUGGCCUUUCUCCUCUGCUCCCUCAGUUUGGGUCUGUAAGCAGAUCAUUUAGUGAAUGCUUUGGAUGAUUGUCUGCUUCUCAAUAAUUGAAAGUUGGUGGUAGCUAUAUUCUUAAUGGGGCUUCCCUGAUGUAGAAGGCUUAAAAAUAAUUACAUUAUGCUUCUAUUCUGUCAUCUAAAACAAAUCAUUAGAACUCAUUUCUAGCUAAUUGUUAAUUAUAAUGAUGCUCAGAAGUCUAUUUAAUGAGCUCUGGCUGUACUUACGUAGCACCAUCGGUAUUAGAGAAAUUACUCACAAGAGAGGAGGCUCAAUGAUUCUUCCUUCUGAAAGCCAAGCUUUACAAGGGAGAAAAAAAAUUUUUUUUUAUUAAUAGCUCAGGUUAAAAAUACUCAUUUAAAUAAAAACAAGAGCAUUUGUAAUGGGAAAUGUUUAUACAAAUAGCACAUUUGUGAUGUUUUAUAAAGUUUCUCUCUUGGCAGCUAAGUACUUUUGAGGAAGAUUGGGUAAUGCUGAUGUGUUCCAUUCAUGAAACUCUAUUUGAUAUGUAACCCUAUUGUUGAUUUGUAUGCACAGUCGACUAGAGCCUUAAACUAAUAUUUUGAGGUCCUUGUUUGAACACUGGGCCAUUGACUUGGAGGGUAGUUUUCGGUUUUGUUUUGUUUUGAAGUGACUGACUUAAGAGUACAAGUACACUAUGGUGGGAGACUUUCCUCCCUAAUUAUUGUUAUCAUUGAAUUUGGAACAAUAACAAUGUUUUAAGGAAGGAGCUCAGAUGCAAAUUCAUGUAGCAUAAAUGUUACCAAGAACUUUCUUUAUUAGGCUGCUCUGUUGAAAGCAGAAACUCAAGAUAAUAAUUGAGCUUAAAUUUGCUUCCUUCUCCACAUUGCCUAUAGAUAUAUUUUACUAAUAAUUAAAUCCUACCCUUAAAAAAUAA